UUUCAGCCCCUGACGCACUGCCUCUGGGGAGGAAACGGAGCUGCAAACUCAGUCCUGCUCUGCUGUACACGGUGCAGGGCAGAGGGAGAGCCAAUCACCGAAACGCACAGGCUCCCUUUAAGCCUGACAUAUCUCCAACAGGAACAAAUUGUCCCAACAAUCAACAUCCCAAUCUGCUGCGCGCAUCAGGGGCUGGAGCGGAGUGGAGAGCCUGUAGGCCCGAGCUGCGCGAACGGAUCGCACCGGAUUGCAUCGCGACAAGACACUGACAUAAUCACAGAAUAUCAACGACACCUUUCGUUUUGGAUACCGACGUUUUGGACGGAGGAGCGAGCACGGACAUCAUGUCUAUAUUGCCGUCCUUCGGGUUUACGCAGGAGCAAGUGGCGUGCGUUUGCGAGGUGUUGCAGCAGGGAGGAAACCUAGAGCGGCUCGGCCGCUUCCUGUGGUCUCUACCCGCCUGUGAUCACCUCCAUAAGAACGAAAGCGUCCUCAAAGCCAAGGCGGUGGUGGCCUUUCACCGGGGGAACUUCCGAGAGCUCUACAAGAUCCUGGAAAGCCACCAGUUUUCUCCGCACAACCACCCGAAGCUGCAGCAGCUCUGGCUGAAGGCGCACUACGUGGAGGCGGAGAAGCUGCGCGGCCGGCCGCUCGGAGCCGUGGGGAAGUACCGGGUGCGGAGGAAAUUCCCGCUGCCCCGCACGAUAUGGGACGGCGAGGAGACCAGCUACUGCUUUAAGGAGAAGUCCCGGGGCGUCCUGAGAGAGUGGUACACACACAACCCUUACCCGUCCCCGCGGGAAAAGAGAGAGCUGGCCGAGGCCACAGGACUGACCACCACGCAGGUCAGCAACUGGUUCAAAAACAGACGGCAGAGGGACAGAGCCGCGGAGGCGAAGGAGAGAGAGAACAGUGAAAACAACAACGCAGGCGGCAACAAACAGAACCAGCUGUCCCCGCUGGACGGAGGAAAGUCUCUCAUGUCCAGCUCGGAGGACGAGUUUUCUCCACCUCAGAGUCCCGACCAGAACUCAGCGCUUUUGCUUCAGGGCAACAUGAACCACCCGGGAGCCUCCGCGUACUCCAUGUCCGGCCUGGGGGCCCCACAGCCGGUGCACAGCAUGCACGGACACCCGCACCAACUGCAGGACUCCUUGUUGGGACCUCUAACCUCCAGUCUUGUGGAUUUGGGCUCCUAAAAGAGGCUGCCAGAUUUUAUUCUAUUUUACAAAAAAAGAGAAAAAAAAAACGAAAGGCAGAAAAAAGAAGACUGAUAAGUACAUGUAUGAAAUAACACUAUAGUAGCCUACCUUAUAAUAUAGACUGACUUGUCUGUCGUUAAAUUUGGUUAGAAACAAAAUUCCUUUAUGCGCUUAACCUGUAUAUCCCCCCCCACCCCACCACCCACCCCCCGUGACGAGAGGUGUUUUUCUUCACCUCCCGCACAUGGAAACACACAAACAGGACGUGUCUGAAACUCUUAACUCAACGAAACACUUAACUGGACUGCCCAUUUGCUUAAUUUAUGAUAUUUUGUUGAGAUUAAAAAAAGAAGAAGAAGAAGAAGAAGAAUUAUAGCAACCUCCUGCGAUGGAAACUAAGCGGUAACGUUUUGAUUAGAGCCAUGGUAAUUAGUUUCCAAUAAAACAAAACUAAUACA